AUGCGUCGAGGAGCUAUCGUGGCAAAGCGGAUCAGCAGCUCGGCGGCAGCUGUGCAGAUACGAGAAAAGGUCACAGUCCCAACCGCUAGAGCAUCCAUCCGUCGUCACCCUCCCAAGCGAAAGAUGCCUAAGGACAAGUUUGCGGCUCUCUCGACCAAGUUCUUGGACCGUGUCCAGACUGCCAUGGAGCCGCUUUAUCCGCCAAUCAAUGGCGAUUUCCAGCUCCGCCGUGAUAAAAAAGACGCGCUUGUAAUUCGCACCAAUGCUCAAGAGUUUGUGAUCCAAGUGCAGUCGUCCGAGCAGCAGAUUGAGUUUGUGUCUCCGGUGUCAGGAUUGCUCACGUAUCGCUGGAACGCUAUGACGAAGCGGUGGGAAGAUGAGACCGACUCGCACGAUAUCGAAGGACUGUUGACGCGCGACUUGAUGCGCUUUUGUGCAGGGAUUCCGCUUUUCUAA